AUGUUCAAACAAAAAAAGACCUAUGGCAUCCCUUCGAUAUCCGGGCUUCUUGUGAAAACGUCCGAGUUUUCGAAGCAACAGACCGCAAUGAAACGUUACGCAGACACAUCAGUCCUGAUCGCUGAAUUCGUGGGCAACCCACCCACCUCUUCUCGGAGUCGCGAGGCGAUCGCUCGCAUGAACUAUAUCCAUUCGGUAUAUCUCAAGUCCGGCAAGAUCCUGGACGAUGACAUGCUCUAUACCCUGAGCCUUUUUGCGCUCGAGCCGUUUCGCUGGAUCGAUCGGUACGAAUGGCGGCAACUAAGCGAGCUGGAGAAGUGUGCUUUGGGCACGUUCUGGAAGUCGAUCGGUGAUGCGAUGGAGAUCAAGUACGACAAGUUGCCGUCUUCCAAAGCGGGAUUUCGGGACGGGCUGCAGUGGUUGGACGAGAUCCAGACGUGGAGCGAAGAAUACGAGAAAGAGCAUAUGGUUCCCCAUCGGGAUAAUCACCAAACGGCGGAGGAGACGAUUUCGAUUCUGCUCUGGACUGUUCCUCGUGUGUUCCGAAAUCUGGGGCGGAAAAUGAUAUACUUCCUGAUGGAUGAUCGGCUGCGCACUGCCAUGACGUACCUAUAG